CGACCACUGGGGAGGAGUGGGGGGGGGGGAGGGCGGAGGCCUCUGCAGCGAUGACCGCUAAAGCGCAGCUCGCGAGCUGGACGGAGUACCAGGAGGACCUGGCCCUGCUGCAGCAACGCAACCACGUCACCUCCAAGACGUGGCUUUCUUCUAAUGCGCUCCACGCGUUCUCGAGGAGGGACGCGCACGCGGCCGCAGACGCGGGCUUCUCACUGGAGAAACUGGUGCCGAUGAGUGAACGUCCCGACUGCGCGUCCGCCGCGUGCGUCACGGACACGGACUCUGAGCACGCGGCGGCCGCGGUGGAUGGAGGAGGAGGAGGGGGGGUCAAGGUGAGCCGAUUUGGCCCCCACAAACCAAGGCGCGUCGCGGCCAACGCCAGGGAGAGGAGGCGGAUGCACGGCCUGAACAAAGCGUUCGACGAGCUGAGGAGCGUCAUCCCGUCGCUGGAGAACGAGAGAAAGUUGUCCAAGUAUGACACCUUACAGAUGGCGCAGAUUUACAUCAACGAGCUGUCGGAGCUGCUGACCGGCGUGGCCCACCAAGAGUGCGUCAGUCCACAUCCGGGCUCAGCGGACAAGGCCUCCAGGAGGGACCUGUUGACCGGAGAGCAGAGGGACCCCUCCGCUUCCGUCAGCCACCUCAUAAUAUUUGGAGCUCCAUCCGACUUGGAUUCAAGUCGUUCAAUGAGUUCUUCCAACAACAGCGAUGGGGAAUCUUCGCACCUCAGUGACAUGGAGGAAAGUGUGAAUGGAAGACAGUGACAGGGAACCUCUGACUCAUUCUGCAGUGUCCAAAUAUGGCAGUGUGAUGAAAUGUUGACCUUAUAAGAUCUGCCAAUGAAAAAAACGGACUGGGGUCUUGAUUUUUUCUUUUCUUCCAGAGGCCAUGGUGAACUCUAAGAAGACUUUUUAUGAAUGCACUUUAUGGCCUGAAUCAUAACGAUAGACAUUCCUAGUGUCAUUUGUGCCUAAAUUAAAAUAAUUAUUUUGGUAUUUAUGUAUAGUUCUGGUGUAUUGUGAGCAAUGGUUUGCUACAAUAAAUAUAUACCCAAAGUGUGUGUGCAUUUCAA